UACCGGAUGCGGGGCGGGGCCUCUGCCCCCUCCGCCCCUUCUGCCCCGCUAUCAGAGAGCUUCCUAAAGCGAGCGAACCCAGUCAGCGCCUCUUGAAAUGGAGACGGACUGGGCCGCGCGAUGCCUACCUCACGUCCGUGGUACUCUCAGCCCGAGCUGGCAGUGACUCUUUGCUCUCGGUUAGGAACCCGAGCCUACCUCGGCGAUCUCGGACCUCCUUUCCUCUUAGCACCUCAAACCUUCAGAGGUUUGCCAGAGUGCAGGGCUGUGCUGUGAUCCGGCUUUCCUGGGUCACUUCUUCAGAUAGCUCCCCAGCUAUGGAAAAUGAGCAUCUUCAAGAGACCCCAGAAUCCAACAAUAGUGUGUAUACUUCCUUCAUGAAGUCUCAUCGCUGCUAUGACCUGAUUCCCACAAGCUCCAAAUUGGUUGUAUUUGACACUUCCCUGCAGGUGAAGAAAGCUUUCUUUGCUUUGGUGACUAAUGGUGUACGGGCUGCACCUUUGUGGGAUAGUAAGAAGCAAAGUUUUGUAGGCAUGCUGACCAUCACUGAUUUCAUCAAUAUCCUGCAUCGCUACUAUAAAUCAGCCUUGGUACAGAUCUAUGAGCUAGAAGAACACAAGAUAGAAACUUGGAGAGAGGUGUACCUACAGGACUCCUUCAAACCACUCGUCUGCAUUUCUCCUAAUGCCAGCUUGUAUGAUGCUGUCUCUUCAUUAAUUCGAAACAAGAUCCACAGGCUGCCAGUUAUUGACCCGGAAUCAGGCAACACCUUAUACAUCCUCACCCACAAGCGCAUCCUCAAGUUCCUCAAAUUGUUUAUCACUGAGUUCCCCAAGCCAGAGUUCAUGUCUAAGUCUCUGGAAGAGCUACAGAUUGGCACCUAUGCCAACAUUGCUAUGGUCCGCACCACCACCCCUGUUUACGUGGCUCUGGGGAUCUUUGUACAACAUCGAGUCUCAGCACUGCCAGUAGUAGAUGAGAAAGGGCGUGUGGUGGACAUCUACUCCAAGUUUGAUGUUAUCAAUCUGGCAGCAGAAAAGACCUACAACAACCUAGAUGUGUCUGUGACCAAAGCCUUGCAGCAUCGCUCCCAUUACUUUGAGGGAGUCCUCAAGUGCUACCUGCAUGAGACUCUGGAGACCAUCAUCAACAGAUUGGUGGAAGCAGAGGUUCACCGACUUGUCGUGGUUGAUGAGAAUGACGUGGUCAAAGGGAUUGUAUCUCUGUCUGACAUCCUGCAGGCCCUGGUGCUCACAGGAGGAGAGAAGCCCUGAGCUGGGGAAGGGGUCAGGCAGCACCAGGGGAUAUGCCCCACUCACUGCCUGCCCCACGUUCUAGCAACCAUGGAUGAAACCUUGAGAAUUGUGACUCUGUUCCCUGCUUGGGAGCUAGGGAGGGUGCGGGGGUUUGGGGGAGAGGAAGGAGAAUGGAUUUUUAGCUAUCUGUAUCCUAACACAGCCUAGCCCAUCCUAGCCCUUGACCUCUUAGAUGGAGCCCCCUUUCUGGGUGAAUGAUGGGCUGUGUGCCCCUCAGGCCAAUUCUGAUCUCUAAGAGAUCCCCAGACCUCACCUCUCUCUCUGUCCCUGACUCCACCCUAAGAUAUAGCACAACAAAACUCUUCCUAAAGAUAUUUUUAUUCAUCCUGCUUCAUGCUGUAUGGAGGAGGCUGAGUCCAUUUAGUGACAUUUCUUCCCAUAAUGGGAGGUGGGAGGAUUGUAGGGAGGAGGGUCGUUGGGUUCCUGUGCUAUGUGCAAAUGAAGGGAGAUGGGGGUUAUGUGGAGGAGGAGGGCAGAGCGAUUAGCUGAGGCUAUCACUUUUCAUGGCAAGCCUAAUUAAAAUGACAGGAACCUCUUCAUGGUA